AUGGAGACAACAUCAGAUCCAAGCAAUGAUGAAGUCUAUGUUUGCAAAAGCAUGGAUAUGAAUGACAUCCUGAGCAUAAAAAUAGUGUGGAGCGAAGAAGUUGAAGUUAAUGGAAGCCAACAUAAAAAAAAGCGAGACAAAUUCGACCAGAAUGGACAUGAGAUAGUUGGCUAUAUAAGAAAGUCAACCGGCGAAAAAGACGAUAUCACACGAAUUCGUCUAUUAAAUCAAAUUAGUGUAAAUCUCAGAGAAAGAUCCCUUGUAACAAAAGUGUUUGCCAGUUUUUCCUGUGAAUCAAAUCAACCUUUGCUUGCUAGAGACUUAAAAAAGAAUACUGGUGUAUUGUCAGGAAUUAUUGCCGAUGGAGACAUGCAGGUAAUUGACUUUACAGGAUUAACUACAAAUCCUGAAGACCUGGAACAAUUCUUGAAGAACAGUCCGAAUAUAGUCAAGAUAAUUAUCGACAAACUCCCAUACACUAACACAAUACAUAUUUAUAAUUCAGACGAGCUUUUAAACAGCCCAGACAAACUUCAAGAGUUUAAAUGCAGAAGCACAGUUCCGGAGAUUGUUAACUUGCCAGGUUCAUUAGCAAGAAGGAACCAGUGUUUGGUUGUGGAGUAUGUUCUUCACUCAAUUGUGGAGUGUAGAGAUCUUCUUUAUAGCAUAUCUCUGUGUCUAUUCCCUCAAUUGCACUCAGUAAUUCCUUGGUCUUUUGCUCGUUGUAUGGCUGAUGAGAAUGAAGAAGAAAGUGGAAAAAAAGGUGGAAAGAAAAGUGAACAAGAUAGUUUCUUUGUAUUCUUUGGCCAAGACAGUGGACAAGAUAAUUCGAGUCUUUUGGUAGAGGCUGUAGGCCGACUACUUAUUCAUACUAUGCGAGGCAACAGAGACUCUGGUUGA